GUUAUUGAAGUGGUUCUGGUCAAGUUAGUUGAGCCUCGCAGACAGUGACAAAACAGUUGCGCUUUCUUCCUCAUUCACUCGUUUACAACUUAUCUUGCAGCAAACCGAUUAAACGCAGCCAUGACAAAAGACCCAAACAAGCCUAGAGGAAAAACCUCCUCCUAUGCUUUCUUUGUCGCGACCUGCCGUGAAGAACACAAAAAGAAACACCCAGGGACCAGCGUUAGCUUUGCAGAGUUCUCCAAGAAAUGCUCUGAAAGAUGGAAGACCAUGUCUGCCAAGGAGAAGGUGAAGUUCGAGGAUUUGGCGAAGAAUGACAAGGUUCGCUAUGACCGAGAGAUGAAAUCGUACGUUCCUCCUAAGGGUGCCAAGAAGGGCAAGAAGAAGAAGGACCCCAAUGCCCCUAAGAGGCCACCCUCUGCUUUCUUCGUGUUCUGCUCCGACCACCGCCCCAGGAUCAAGGAGGAGAACCCUGGUAUCUCCAUUGGUGAUAUUGCCAAGAAGCUUGGCGAGUUGUGGGCUACACAGAGUUCCAAAGACAAGGCUCCCUAUGAGGCCAAGGCUGCCAAACUGAAGGAAAAAUAUGAGAAGGAUGUUGCCGCCUACCGUGCCAGAGGAGGUUCAGGGAAAAGUGAUGCUGGUAAGAAGAGUGGCCCGGGCAGGCCCGCUGCCAAGAAAGCAGAGCCAGCUGAUGACGAUGAUGAUGAUGAUGAUGAUGACGAGGACGAGGAGGAAGACGACGAUGAUGAUGACGAUGAUGAUGACUAAGCAGUUUAUGUUAAGGAUGUGAAGUUUGCAAUGCGUUGUUCAGCUUAACUGUUUUGUGUGUAUGAUUCCAUCAGUAUAGCCUGCUGUCCCUGUUGGUCUGCCUCUGUAGGAUACCAGACCUGUAUUCCUUUUCUAAUUCAGGGAUUUAGUUUAUAUUUUCACUUAGCGCCAUUAUGAUUUUUUUUUUCCCCUGCUGAACUUGGGUGUGUUACAUUGUUAGGUCCUCGUUACUAUGAGAACGAGCAGCCAGAUAAAAACUUCCUGUGAUAAUAUAAUGGACUGAGACUCCUGUACAGGCAGUGGACAGCAGCAAAUCAGUAAAGUUUUAAAGUUAUUGUUCCUGGAAGCACUGCAUAUGUUCUGUUUAGUGGUGCUGUUUCUUCACUGUCAUUUUACUACCGGGUUCUAUCUAGUUUUGAUUUAAAUGUUAAAUGCAGCCAUUUUUAAUGUGGAACUAUGAAAACUUUCAUGUAGAAUUGAAUUUUUCUUUUUGUAAUAAAAUUUUGUAUAUUGAUUAUGGA